AUGUCUCCCGGCGCAACCCCAAGCCCGGAGAGGGUCACAAUCUCCUCGUUUGGCGUCCUGCUCCCUCGACGCCGAUUCACCAUCACUGUUCCACAGCCCGCUCCUUCAUCGAAAUCAGUUACAGGUCACUCAUACGAGCCAUCGACUCGAUUCGACCUCCGCAGCCCACCUCCAUCCUCCAUCACCUCUUCGCCGCCUAGACGCUCCCUCUCUCCCACAAUCAGCCCUGAAAGCUCACCUCAGGGCUCUCCCUCUUUGACAAACGAUGACGCCGCUGAGCUGUUUAGCGGCCAGCUCGACCUGACGAUGCCCCUUCAAGAGGCUACGAUCCACGAGGCCGCACGUGAGGAUGACGGUGAGGCGAAGGAGGGUCCCCUCAACGUGAUACACAAGGGCCGGAUCGAGAGGGUCCACUACGUGGCUGCGCUACCAGUACCAGGGGACCUACUCUUCCAUGUAGACGCCAGCGAGGGGGCCGUCUUCCGUCGGGCUAGGCCUCACCCAGCAGCAGAAAGAGAGGCACUGUGGCGCAGCGUCGUCCAAGGUGGAUUCCUCGGCGAGCUGUCUUCCUCCCUCUCGCCUACAUGGGUCAAGCUCAACGUCCCCUUCUUAGACGGGCCCACGAAGAUCCACUUCUCCCAUUUGAGCUCCUGGCAAACUCUCCCUACCAAGCCGAGGACAGCCACAGCGGAGGUAUCGUACAUGCUGGAGCGGCACGACAUUUUCCUCACCAGCAUGGUCACGCAAGAUGGCUUCAAGUGGGCCCCAGUCGGUGAGGACGUGGGGAAGGACUGGAGUGCCCUGUUACGGCCGUUGGGAGUCGUAGCCUCGGAGACGAUGCAGGAUCCGCUCCCCUACGUCGGCGCAGAAUGCCAUGGUCUGCUGGUUGGAAUGGGCGUACGUCUUCGUCUGGAUGGGAGCAGUUGCAGGCUCACCCACAGCAUGAGAGAGGGUUGGAGCAUCAUCGACGUACCAGGCGAUGCGUGCACAUGGGCGGAAUGGGCCACAUUCCAGCUCAUCGCAGAAUGUAGGCCGCGUGCGGAGGUCAAACUCCCUCAUCAAGACCCCAACGGCUUCCCAUACGACAUCAUCUUGUAUGCCAACGAGACGGGAGGCAUCCGCAAGAAGGACGGCAAGCCUUCUCGAGCCUUGUACAAAGAGACCUACUACGCUCUUCGCACGCGCGAUGUUACCAGGCCGAUCGGGCCGCAGUCACGCGACAAGAAGAGGCUACACGACGUUGCGCCGGAAUGGAUGGUCUUUUUCCUCCUCAACCUCGUCGCUCUCUCCCGCGGUUGCAAGGAUGUGGAGCUCUUCAAGCCCGGAGGCUCAAUUUUGGCGCAAGCAGCGAGGAGGAUUGACCUGCAGGCGUCAGUUGCUGCUGGCCCGCCAACGAUGGAGCGCAGCAUGAGCUUGUGA